GCAGAGCUGGCUUUGAGUAAAUAGCGCUGCGGCGGGAUCAGCUGUUGCUGCAGCUGCAGCUGCAGCUAUUGCAGGACACGUGGGGUUCUCCUCCCCCACCCUGCUAGCUGUUACAAUGGGGUCUUCGCAGUCUGUGGGGAUAGGCUCCUCUUUCACCAGGAAGCAGAGGGAGGAUGACGAUGAUGAGGAUUUGCUGGACAAGGAUCGGGAGGAAGACAUUGCCAGGUUCCCGUAUGUGGAAUUUACUGGGCAAGACAGCAUCACCUGCCCCUCUUGCCAAGGCACUGGCUGCAUCCCCAUGGAACAAGUUAAUGAACUGGUGGCUCUGAUCCCAUACCAUGAUCAGAGGUUAAAACCUCAAAGGACGAAACUCUAUGUCUUGGUGUCGGUGCUGCUCUGCCUUCUGGUGUCGGGGUUGGUGGUCUUCUUUCUCUUUCCACAUUCAGUCCUUGUGGAUGACAAUGGCAUCAAAGUGGUCACAGUCUGGUUUGACAAAAAGAACUCCCUUGUCACCCUUGCCAUCACGGCCACUCUCCGGAUCAGAAACUCCAAUUUCUACUCGGUAGCAGUAACCAGCUUGGCCAGUCAGGUGCAGUAUAUGAAUACUGUGGUUGGGACACAACAGAUUAACAACGUCACCCGCAUCCAGCCACUGAGUGACCAGCAGGUGAAUUUCACAGUGAAGGCUGAAAUGGGCGGGCCCUUUUCUUAUGUAUAUUUCUUUUGCACAUUACCCAAGAUCAGAGUGCACAAUAUUGUGAUUUUCAUGAGGACUUCGGUGAAGAUCUCCUACAUUGGCCACAUAACCCAGAGUUCUUUGGAGACCCAUCAUUAUGUCGAUUGUGGCGCAAAUUUCACAGCUGCUCACGCUGCUCCUUGGCCGCCAGCUCUGGAAGGUGUAGCUGAAGGGAAGAACCGCUUGAGCCAGCUCCUGUAAUUCAGCGAUGGCAAGAUGGCUUCUGCUUCUGUGUAACCUUAGGACGGCUUACAUGGGACUCUUUUUCCAUUUUGGAGUGGGAGAAAAGAGAGAUUGCUGCAGCCCUUGGCGAAAUGGAAGAUAUGACUGUCUACAGUGUUCCAUGGACAGCUGGACUAUGCCAUGGUGCUGUUCUGAAGAGAAUCUGCUUAGCACAUACAUCCCAUGCCUCAGAACACCAAGUUCUAACUUGGUUACAGAUAGUUUAUUUUUAGGUUUCCUGAAAAUUUAGGAAAAUUUGGGAAGAACACGUUUCUGUAGGUGUUUCAUCCCUUGUUCUGCUGGACUAUGAAGAAUGAAAUAAUUCCCAGGAUGAUGCUUAUAACUCGAUUAUUACCGAAGGGGCAGCUAUUAUCAUAAUGUGGAAGGGGAGGUGAUCUUGAUCUUGCUUCUCAUAUACUGGUUUUAUAACUCUUGACUUGCUUAUUGUUGAAGACAAAUGACCUGAGAAUACCUAUGACAGCUUUUGCCAAUCCAGGGCUCUUCAAAUGUGUUGGACUACAAUCUCCAUCAUCCCCAACCAACAUGGCUGAUAACCAUGGUGGUUGUGGAAGAUUGGAAGUGUAGUUUAACACAUUUGGAGUGCACAGGCUGGAGAAGGCUGCUCUAUGAGCCCCACUGAAACAAAUGAAUGCUGAAAUAGUGUACAGCCCUGUUGGGGAUGGCAGUUCCUAAAAUUUCAGGGUUUUUUUCAUAGAUAUAGAAUGCUUUAACUACUUUUGACUGUAUCAAUGGUCUCUUAAGUAUACUGUUCGAAAGAGCACACUAUUGACUUCGGAGUUCUCAUGUUUUCUGCAUCUGCUUUCUCUUUUUGCUUUUAAAAGGCGCGUCAUAGAAGGGCUGUAGAUCUUCUCAUGUCUGCAUCAACAACACCCAUAAGCAGUGGGCAUUUCUAAUCUUUUUAUCUCCUGAUUCUCCAAGCUUGGAGACUUUGUGCUGAUUUAACUGCCCUUGCUGUUAGAGUAGGGGAGUUUGAUUUCCCCCACACCCCCACCGUAGUACUUUUCCAGUAAAGAGAAGUAUUUAUCUUUUUCUGAGUGUCACUAGCUAAAUGCCUUCCCUUCUUAUAAGAAUCGACGGGAUAACUUCAUGGACAAAUUAAGAAAGUAAAAUUAGAAUGGGAGCGAGAUUCCUACAGAUAAAUCUACAAUAGAUAAUUACUAAUCCUCUUUAUUUUCAGAUAUCAGCUACACUACAGCAGUUCAUCUUUCUUUUUAAAACUCUUAAGUGUUCUAGCCAAUCUGCUGCAGUAUUUUUGUCUGAAGAGGAAAUAGAAACCUAUUUCAACUUGAAGUGGAUUUUAAUUCUAUUUUUGGAUAUUUAAAAGACAGGGUGGGUUAAUGUUUGUUUAAAAAUGAUUAUAGUAUUUGGCAGACUCGGUGGAGUUGAAAAUUCCAGAAGUUAAUAAAACUUUAAGUCUGUCUUUCUGAA